AUGAAACGCAGGCGCGAGGAGAAGGAUAAGUUCCACAACAGCCGAGAAGCCUCAGGAAGCUUCAGAAAACGCACGGAGUACGAGGAGAAAGACACAACCCCAAGUAAGUUAGAUUCGGUGCAUGAUGAUCUUAAGAUGGCUAUAAUGAGUAGAUUGCCUGCCAAGUCUCUUAUGAAGUUUCGAUGCGUGUCGAAGAUGUGGUGUUCCUUCAUCCGAAGGCAAGAGUUGGUGGAUUCCUUCUUCGCUGUCUCCUCAGCGGAACCACGGUUUAUAGUCUCUUUUAGCAACAACGCAUUCGGCAAGCCUGAAGAGAAGCUUACCUUCCUCUUGUCGUAUCCAGAGGGGUCUUCUUCUUCUUCUUUGGUGCCCAGGUUCGAGAUGGCAUUACCAGUGGGAUUGCGAGCCAGCCAAGAGUAUUGCGCUUCUCUCCAUGGGUUUCUCAGUGUUUACACUGAUCAUGGUUUGAUGGUUUGUAACCCCAGCACCGAGCAAGUCUUUAAUUUGACCAAGAACACCCAAUUCGUGGGGUACGAUCCCAUUGGUGGCCAACACAAAGCAUUAUCUGUGCAUUUGAGAGAUCCUUCUUCUGCUCGUCCUCAUCUACUGCACAAGGUGUUAACACUUGGAGGAGGUUGGAGAGACAUUGAAGGUACCCCUGUUCCUUAUAUACCUGUAUCAGUGGGAGUAUGUAUCAACGGUGUUAUCUACUAUGGCGGUUAUAAGUAUAACUCCACUACUGAUUUUAAGAAUAAAAAUCCAGUUGUGAUGUGUUUUGAUGUUCGAUCUGAGAAAGUAAGUUUUAUCCAAGCACCUAGUGCUGUCGUGUUAUGUGGAAAGAAUGCCAUAUUUAUAGAAUACAAUGGGAAGCUAGCUUCUAUUCUUGUGCAUCCACCUCUUGCUCGCUCCAUUCCCUUUGAUUUAUGGAUACUAGAGGACGCCCAGAAACAUGAAUGGUCAAAGCAAACAUGUGUGUUUCCCUCCUCUGCCUGGGAGUCCGUUUCUUGCCGCAGAAUGUCUUUCCAAGGCACCAAUAAAGCUGGUGAGAUCAUUAUCGUCCCAAGCGUGGUUAAUACAAUCAAGGUCCAACCCUUCUACAUAUUCUACUACAAUGUCACAACAAACAAUGUCAGAAGAGUUAGGCUCCUAGGAAUUGGUGACAAUGAAGAGUUUCAACGCUCUUAUGGAUUUGUAGGUGGGUAUGAAUGUUUUGUCCGUGUCGCACCUCAUCACGUCGACAGUAUUGCCUUUCUCAAUAAUCAUGUAUUAUAA